GCACUGUACAGGGGUAAUGAUUUUGGUUGGAAUGGCAGGAUGAGAAUUCAGAAGCUCGUGAUAUAUUGCAAGCAGGAGGGGGGUAGAAUCAGAAGCCGGCAGGUAUUUUCAGAAGCCUUUAAGGAAUUUGCAGACCCUCUCCCACCCUCACCCUUCGUCUUUUCCUUUUCUCAUAUCGUCUCUCUCUCUCUCUCUCUUACUUUUUCCUCUUACUUUUCAAGCCCUUUGUGUGCAAUAUAUAUUGCUUUGCUGCUUCUGAAGCGAGACUGUCCCAAAGGGUUUGAAAAGAGUAUAUAGGUAGCACUCGUUCGAGAAGACAAAGCAAACACCAAAGGCGGCGUUUUUUUUGUUUUCACUUUUUGGGGAGACGAUCAAAGAGAAGGUGAAAAAGGUGGAGCUUUUCGGGGGGAUCUAAGCUUUUUUUUAUAGAGGAGGAAAUCGGAGUACCCAUUUCGAUUAAAAAGGAGAGAAAGAGCAAUUUUAAAAUCAAGAAGAUAGAAUGAGUUGUGGGAGAAAUGGAGCGGUGAGGCAGUAUAUAAGAUCAAAGGUACCUCGUUUGAGAUGGACUCCUGAGCUCCAUCGCUGUUUUGUUCAGGCCAUUGAGAGGCUUGGUGGCCAGCACAAGGCUACACCCAAGCUUGUUCUUCAAUUAAUGGAUGUCAAAGGACUAACAAUCUCACAUGUCAAGAGCCAUCUCCAGAUGUAUAGAAGCAUGAGGGGUGACCUGGGCAGACAAGAUAAGAGUUGUACCCAGCAAAGAACACAAGCUUUUGAGGAGCAUGAUGAUGGGUGCGUUGAUGAAGAGAAUGAUGUGGGUUUUUACCCAUCUUCAAAAAAAGCCUUUGAGAAAGAAUCGGAUUCUCACUUCAGCUACAGUAGUCCUCUUCCCCCAAAAAGAGCUAGAAUUGAAACGAUGAGUUCAAUCUGUGAAAGCCUGCAAUGCAGCGAAAGAAUAAGGGAGACAGUUCCGAAUCCGUACUAUUUUGAUGAUUAUAUGCGGGCCAUGAGUGAGCGCAAGGGAAUAAAGGAGGGUUGUGGUGGUUCAAGAUGGCAGACACAACAACAGCCUCAAUCCACACCCAGCUUCUUUCUGCCACAACAAAACCCUUUCAAAUACGCACUGCAGGAGUCUGAUUUCCUUAAGAUAUCAAAGAUGCAGGUAUACCGCCGGGGGUAUGAAAAGCAGACGGCAGCAGCAGAAGAAGGAGGCGGUGGAUGCGAGUUGUCAUUAUCGCUGUCAUUGCCAAAUCCCUCCCACAGAACUAAUGCUUCUAAUUCCAUGAGCGAGAUGAGCGAGGCAAUCUCGUCAUACUCAAGGUCUAACUAUAAAGACUGCUCCACUUCUUCCGGAAAGCGUGCCAUUAACUUAGAUCUUUCUGUAGCUCUUUGUGGUAACUAAUUCAUUUCUUCCUUCUCUCCUCUCUCAUUUUUUUCAGAAGAGACUUUCUCAUCAGAUACCAUAUCUAUUAUAUAUAUAUAUAUAUAUGGAGACUAGGAAUUCCUUACGGUAAUUAAAGAGCUAGCUAGCGUUAUUUCAAUUUGA